AUGGCGCACGAGGUUCUGGUAGGCGAGUCGUGCUUCACAGCUUCUGAGGCACACAAGCUUUCCAGCCGUAUCAACGAAGGCAGCACUGCAAAGGUCAGCCGAAUCAGCGGGCAUUGGCUCUACUAUGUCCAUCUAGAGGCCGCGGGUCAUCUUGAGAAGGUGAAGCAGAUACUCCAGGCCUCGGGCCAGCCGAAGCCACCUUCCACGAGCAAGAGCGCGAAUACCGUCGAAGUGUACAUCACCCCUCGGACGACACCUUCGCCAUGGAGCUCCAAGGCCACGAGCAUCGCACAAGUCUGUGGGGUGAAGGCGACUAUCGAGCGCGGGCGCGUUGUGACGAUCGAAUUCGAAGAGGCCUUUGGGGGCGGCUUGCUAUUCAAGCACUUGAUCCACGAUAGAAUGACCGAAAACGUUACCGAGACCCAGCCAGAACCGACAGCUAUAUUCGCAAAGGGUGCGCGAGGCUCUCUCGUCGUUGUCGACAUCUUUGCAGACGAACGUGGUGGACUGCCGGCCCUGCAAGACUACAAUAAGAAGAUGGGACUGGGUCUUGACCAGCCGAACUUGGAGUACCUAUUCCUCCAAUACACCAAUCUUGGGAGACCACCUACCGACGUGGAGCUGUUCAUGUUCGCCCAAGUAAAUUCGGAACACUGUAGACAUCACGUUUUCAAUGCUGCGUGGAAAAUUGACGGGGCGGUGAAAGACAUGAGCCUCUUUGGCAUGAUCAAGAACACCCACAAGAAGACUCCGGACUAUGUAAUCUCGGCAUACUCUGACAAUGCCGCUGUCUUGUCUGGUGACGAGGGCAACUUUUGGGCACCGGAUUAUGCGACCAGGAGCUGGAGACUCACCAAGGAGGUCGUCCAACCUCUGAUCAAGGUUGAAACACAUAACCACCCGACGGCUAUAUCUCCAUUCCCCGGUGCCGCAACGGGUAGCGGAGGUGAGAUUCGCGAUGAGGGAGCUGUGGGCAGAGGAUCCUCUCCUAAAGCUGGGCUUUGUGGUUUCUGGGUAUCCGACCUCCUCUUGCCCGGCAAGAAGACCCCAUGGGAGAAGGACGUGGGCCGACCAGCGCACUAUGCCUCAAGUCUCGAUAUCAUGCUUGAAGCCCCAAUCGGCUCUGCGCGCUUCAACAACGAAUUCGGACGCCCAGCCCUUACGGGAACUUUCAGAACACUUCUUACAGACACAUCCGACGCAGAUGCGUCCGAGCACAGAGGUUACCAUAAGCCUAUCAUGAUUGCUGGCGGUAUUGGCAGUGUGCGACCACAACAUGCCAUCAAGAACGAGGCAUAUGUGCAAAGCGACGCCCAUGUCAUCGUCUUGGGAGGUCCUGCCAUGCUGAUCGGCCUCGGCGGUGGUGCAGCAUCAUCGAACACGGGAUCCGAGGCUACUGCCGAUCUCGACUUCGACAGCGUCCAGCGCGGGAACCCCGAGAUGGAAAGACGUGCGCAAAUGGUCAUCAACACUUGUGUAGCCCUGGGCAUAGAAAGUCCAAUCGCUUUUAUUCACGAUGUGGGCGCCGGUGGCCUUUCGAAUGCCCUCCCAGAACUCGUGAAGGACGCUGGUUACGGUGGAAGAUUUGAGCUUCGACAGGUGGAAAGUGCCGAUGAGUCAAUGUCACCCCUACAGAUCUGGUGCAAUGAGGCACAAGAAAGAUACGUCGUCCUUGUGAACAGGGAUGGACUAAACCGUUUCACCAGCAUAUGCAGACGAGAGCGCUGCGGAUUUUCCGUAGUGGGAACUGUUCUCGCUCCAAAUGCAAGCGGGAAGUCCAACUUGGUCUUAACUGAUCGCGAGUCCACCACCAGUGGAGAGGAACCGAUAAACCUGCCAAUGGAUGUACUCUUCCCGCCGGGUCGGACAAUUUCGAAGGAGGUCCAGCGGGCGCCAAAGAACCUGCAUCCGUUUGAAGCAGCUAAGAGCUUUAAGGAGCAAUAUGGCAUAUCAGACCUUGGUGAGUUGGUGUCGAGAGCGACUGAGCUGGUCUUUACGCUACCAUCGGUGGGAUCCAAAAUGUUUCUGAUCACCAUUGGGGACCGCUCCGUUGGUGGCCUGACGGUGCGGGACCAGCUUGUUGGGCCUUGGCAGACACCCGUAGCAGACGUGGCGGUGACUUUGACAAGCUUCAACACUGAAAAGACACAUCGAGGAGAGGCGAUGGCCAUGGGAGAGAAGCCCACACUGGCGCUGAUCUCAGCUGCCGCCUCCGCUCGAAUGGCGGUCGCUGAGAGUCUCAUGAACCUCGGUGCCGCUGACAUCAAGUCAGGUUCCAUGCACGGUGAUCUCAAGCGUGUCAAGCUCUCUGCUAACUGGAUGGCGGCUGUCCAACACCCCGGAGAAGGUGCUGAGCUGUACGACGCCGUUCAAGCUAUAGGUAUGGAGCUAUGCCCUCAAUUGGGUAUAUCGAUACCGGUCGGGAAAGACUCUACUUCCAUGAAAGCCUCGUGGAAAGAUAGAGAGACCCAGGAGUCGAAGAGUGUCACCGCUCCUGUGACUUUAGUGAUUUCUGCUUUCAGCCUCGUGCAAGACGUUCGUAGCACCUGGACACCACAGCUAAGACGUGUCGAGGAGGUUGGCGAAACAAUUCUACUCUACGUCGAUCUCGCCAACAAACACCAGGCCAUGGGUGGCUCGGCGCUGGCGCAGUGUCUUGGUCAGAUCGGCGAUGAAGCACCUGACGUCCGCGAUGUUGGAUUGAUACGCGAUUUCUUCGACGCGAUGUGGCAAUUACACCAGGAGAACAUUGUGCUUGCUUAUCACGAUCGGUCAGAUGGAGGAUUGUUAACCACGGUUGCCGAGAUGAUGUUCGCGGGUCGCUGCGCGGCUGAUAUCUCGAUCAAUGGUCUUGCCACCUCCGAUGCUGGCGUUCUUGACACUCUCUUCAACGAAGAGCUCGGUGCAGUAUUCCAGGUCCGCAAGAGAGACGAGAUCAAGUUCAGCAGUUGCUUCGCCACAUGCGGGCCGCCUGCUGGGCUGAUACGGAAGAUUGGAUACGUUCGACCAACAGCGAAGCAGUCACUCGUCGUCAAGUACAAGUCAAAGACCUUGAUCGACCUUGAUAGAGCCAAGCUACAGCAAUGGUGGUCUGGUACGUCGUUUGAAAUGCAGAAGUUGCGGGAUAACCCUGCUUGCGCACAGUCUGAACUAGAUGCGCUGUUGGAUGUCCGGGAUCCUGGUCUUCAUUACAAACUCAAGUUCGAUCCCGCCGAUGUUAGUCUGCCGGCAAUGAUCACUCUCAAGGGAUUCGUCUCUAGACCAAAAGUUGCUAUUCUACGAGAGCAGGGCGUGAACGGACAUGCUGAGAUGGCCUUCGCCUUCAAGGCAGCUGGCUUCGAUGCUAUCGAUGUUCACAUGUCUGAGCUUCUAGAUGGGUUCCCACUUGACGAGUUCCGUGGUAUAGCCGCUUGCGGUGGGUUUAGCUAUGGUGAUGUGCUUGGCGCCGGUAACGGAUGGGCUCAGUCUAUUCUCAUGCAUGGUGGAGCCCGGAGGACGUUCGAAGCCUUCUUCAACCGACCGGACACAUUCUCGCUCGGUGUUUGCAAUGGCUGCCAGAUGCUUACCCGGCUCAAGGAGCUGAUACCGGGAGCAGACCAUUGGCCUAAGUUCGUCGAGAACACGAGUACCCAGUUUGAAGCUAGAUUCUCAAUGGCCACCAUAGAAGAUCCGGGCAGGAACUCCGUCUUCUUCUCUGACAUGUCGGGCUCCUCGUUCCCCAUUGUCGUGUCUCACGGCGAAGGCCGGGCCGAAUUCUCGUCCGCGUCGGACCUGCACUCCAUCAACGAGGCUGGCCUCAUUCCCCUGCGGUACGUCGACAACUACGGCUCGGUGACCGAGAAGUAUCCGUAUAACCCCAACGGAUCACCCCAGGGCAUUGCUGGCGUGAAGUCCAGGGAUGGUCGCGUGGUGGCCAUGAUGCCGCACCCAGAACGCACCAUCAUGGGCGAUGUUGGGUCCUGGAAGCCGGAUGGUAUGCGGGAUCACCAGUACGGGCCGUGGUUCAGGCUGUUCCUCAAUGCGAGGAAGUGGGUGGGUUAG